UCGCGGUAAAAAAGAUUUCGCGCGAAAACCGUCCGACCCUUGUUUAGACGUGGAUCAGCUGGGACAAUAACAACAAUAACAGCCGAUAACGGGGUUGGGUCGGCGCUUGUCGGACGUGGACCGCUCCCGGUGUGAACAACCGAAGCACCGGCGGCUGCUCCCCGAGAGGAUGCGUGUGUAUUCCGCCGCUUUAUCUCCUGUUCGCUCCAGUUUUGUCGGACUGCUUCCUGCGUGCCCCAAACAAAACGAGGGGGUAGAAGAACUGCGGCUAAUAACUUAGCUAACAUGCUAACCUGCCACACAUCACCCGAGUAGACCGAGCUGCGGGCUCUCCGCUGUGCUGAGUGGCGCUUCCACACGUGUGCUGUCAAGUGGACCUGUGAGACAUGGCGACGGGCUGUGUACAGUAGCUAUUUCACGUCGAUAGCUCACUUCUGGAAAGCUGCGACAAAGUUUUCCCAGCCUGUAAAAUAAGCCCCGUGUGUGGUGUUGGCGCACAGGCUCGAGCUGUGGAGGUGCACAUGUGUGACCCGGAGGCUGCUGCGGGUUGUUGGUGAACUUGUGUCGGUGUGUUGUUAGUACAGUAGCUAGCUCGUUAGCCGGGCUGUGGUGGCUGUGUUGAGGGCACAGGGUGGCCGAGGCCUCGCGGCUUUACUGUACUGACAGAUGAAAACAAAAGGUUAGCACGCUAGCUGCUAACCUCCAGCGUUUAUUACCCUCUCGGCCAAAGUGCCACUAUUUACCCUGAUAAUCACAUCCGCCGCUGAGCCUCGGGGCGCAGGCUUAGUGUACAUUUAGCAACAUUAUUUGAUUUGCUUAAUUUCCUGUUUGGCAUCAUAUCCUGCCUUAACCAUUACUACAUCUGAUUUAGCACGUUUCCCGUAAGAGGGGUAACUUUGUUGGAAUGAUGUUAUAAUGUGUUUAUAGGAUAUUUUGUAGAAACAGUAGCUGGGACCCUCAGAGGAAGACACCUCGUGUUGAGAUGUUGGAGCUUCCUGUGAUCGCCUGCAUGAAAACUUCCAGCAGCUUUCACCACCCUUGCUUAAAUUCCCAGAUCGCAGCAAAUGCAAAGCGCCGUGGAUCCUCGGUCUAACCACAGCAUCUUAGUUUGAGUCCUGCAAAGGGGGCCACUCAGUGACGCCACUGCCAUGUCAGAGACUCUGAUCACGGGCCAGACGUCUGAGGACCUGUUGGCCGACUUCGAGACGCUGCUGAACUCUGGCAGCAUUGAGCUGGGCGAGGACCACCAGAUAGUGAUCAUCACCAGCCCUGGUAGUGAGGGGCUCCACCCGGCCAUCGCGCCCACCAGCACAGGGGAGAUCCUGCUGUUCGCCACACCCCAGGGCCCGGCUGAUGUUGGGGUCCAGGACAAGAGGCGGCCGGCUCUGGGGAGACCUCCGGUAAAGAGGAAGUUGGACCUGGAUAGUGAUCAUCAGUAUGUUAGCACCACUCGAGCGUCUAUUGGCCAAGCACCACCUUCGACACCUGCUCCUCCCAGAGGUACAAACACACACUCAACACACUACAGUGUGGCUUGG